AUGCAAGAGCUGGAACACUUGGGUCCAGCAGAUGAGCUAUUCGUGGAGAGACUAGAGGCAUUCAUGCAGAAAUGCCUUCUUGAGGUGCGGGCAUUUUCAGAAAGAGAACAUCGUUCCUAUGAGGAGACGGUGCGACGGGUUGCUGAAUGGCACACAAACUACCUCUUGGAACGAUCGCACAGGAACUUGGUGUCAGAUGCUCAGCUUGUACGAGUACGCCCGGUGCUACUGGAGGUCUCCCAAACCUUGGAGUCCUUACACAGAUUGACGGGCGUGCAUUCGUUCUUCCUUGCCGUCAAUCCGAGAGACAGUUCGGACCAGGGCUUCUUGGGAGGUACGACCGUCGGGCGCGACUUUUGGCGCAGACUCAGAGGCGGUGGCGACGCUGGAGCCAAUCAUUUCAAAUCACACUGCCUUAAAGCUGGCCCCGAUGCUGCAUGUGCAUACACGCCUCCCGCAGCGCCUCAGGCUCCUCCCCUAGUGGCUGGUCCAAGUACUACGCAAAAGAGUUCACCUGCUCAUGCUUUGAAGAACGAACUCUACAAUGCUAUUCGAUCUCGUCUAAGAACUACAAGUGGCGUUCGAAAUGCCGAGAUGAAAUGGUCCAACCACGAACGGUUGAGUGCGUAUGGCGUACGUAUGGUUGGUUGGCCCGAGGACAUACCUAAGAAGAAUCCGUCGGUUCUGAACUCUACUCAGAACAAGCAACUUUUGGAACUUGCCCAGACAGGUGUUCUGGGAUUCUCUCGCCUUGACGGCCGGUCCGUUACUUCCUCGAUGGGUGAGGGCUUAUGGAACAACCCUGUCGACGAUGCGAGUAGCCCUCGAAACGCUGAGAAAAGUUGGACGAACCACGAACGGCGGUUGGGCGCAUACGGUGCGCUUACAGUCAGUUGGCCUGACGACAUACCUGAGAACCCGUCUGCUCUGAAUCCCGUGGAAUUUGACCAAACAGAUGAUAGCUUGUCUGUUGCUUCCUCAAUGCACGCCGAAGAUCUAGUAGACAAGACCUCCGAGGAGGACGCCCAGACGUUGGACUUCAUGAAUGAGUACAUAUGCUCGGACGGGGACUAUGCGGCUGGUUCCUUGGGUGAUUCCACGAUAUCCGUGCGUCCUCCGGAUUCUUUCAUCAGUGAUGUUAUUGAUGGAAUGCAGCAGUAUUCAAUGUCGUCCCGCUCUCCUGACGACAGCGGCGAUGGCGGUGUGGCUUCUGCUGCGGAGGGUGAUGGUGAUCUGGGCUCCAGAAAGCGUCCCAGAUAUGGUGGAUAG